UCAGCGUUUCUUACUGCAUUUCCUGAAAGUCGGCUAAAUAGCAACACUUCUAUUGACCCAAAUAAAAGAAGGGGGGAAGUUAAAAAAAGGGGCACGCGAUUCCCAUAGAUACGUCACUUCCGCCUCUUCUGUACCUAGAGAAGAUGGCGGCCGUCGUAGAGAGAGUUGACGGAUGUGUUGGAUCGCUGGAUCCGGACUCUGCGUCUUUGAGACAGUCCACCCCCUCGCCGGAUCAGCAGCACCAGAACAACCCUCUCCUGGGUCUCCCCAUCGUGGCCAUUGAGAAUAUCCUCAAUUUCCUGUCGUACGACGAGAUCAGCCUGCUGCGCUCGGUGUGUAAGCGCAUGGACAUAAUCUGCCAGCGCGUCCUGAAUCAGGGCUUCCUGAAGGUGGAGCGGUACCACAGYCUUUGCCAAAGGCAAGUCAAAGCCCAGCUGCCCAGGCGGGAGUCGGAGAGGAGAAACCAUUCUCUGGCUCGUCACGCCGACAUCCUGGCUGCUGUCGAGACGCGGCUCUCUCUGCUCAACAUGACCUUCAUGAAAUACGUCGACUCAAACCUCUGCUGCUUUAUUCCUGGAAAGGUGAUAGAUGAGAUUUACCGUGUGCUGCGCUACGUGAACUCCACCAGAGCUCCCCAGCGAGCUCACGAGGUUCUCCAGGAGCUGAGGGACAUCUCCUCCAUGGCCAUGGAGUACUUUGACGAAAAGAUUGUCCCCAUUCUGAAGAAGAAGCUGCCGGGGACCGAUUUAUCCGGCCGCCUCAUUGGCUCAGCACCAGUGGCAGGUCCAUCUACCUCGUUGACCACCAUGUCCCUGCUGGCCAAGAACACGCCGUCUCGCUCUGAGAUGACCAAGGUGCAGCAGCAGGUGAAGGUGAAUGGGGCGUCGAUGACGGUGAUGCGACGCGAGAUGCAGGAGAUCCGCGUCAAGCAGCUGGAGCAGCAGAAGCAGCUGCAGGACCAGGAGCAGAAGCUGCUGGAGCAGAGCCAGGUGAUCGGCGAGCAGAACGCCCGCCUCGCCGAGCUCGAGCACAAACUCCGCGAACUCAUGGACAGCAGCGCCGCCGUCAUGGGAGGGUCCCGGCCCCCCACGGCGGUCCCCUCCACGUCCAGCUCCGCCGCCGUGUCUUCCACCGUCGCCGGCGCGUCGGCGGGCGACGGCUCGGCCUCGCCCAGAGAACUGAAGGACGAGGGCAGCUCGUCGCUCAAACGCAACAGAAAGAGCGCGGACCUUCCACGACAAUCCAAGCGGCUGCGCAGCAGGAAAUGAGGGCCGCGCGUCGCUUGAGUUCUCUCCUUGGUUUCKAGUUUUGACUGACCACGCUAUUUCACGUCCCACCUCCAAUCGCUCUCCAUCACGUGCACCGUCUCACCCGCACCGCGAUGCCAACGCCUCCUGUUGUCUCGGAUCUGAUGAAUGUGAAACCGCCAACCUGGAAGUCGUCGGCUCAAACACUGAAGCCAGAACAGAUYGGCCUGGACUUUGCACAAUAUUGACAGGGUCAACGUUUGAUUGUCACUGAAGGAGCUGUUGAAGCUGUUAUGUUGUAUAUUUUUUUCCUCAUCAACAAACGUCAGGAAAACAUCCAAAAGUUGCACUAAAGCAUACAACAGCUUAUAAGUACAGUAGCAGAUAAGUGAUGGGCACAGCUGUUAUUCAAACAGAAUGAGUGACAGAGCUGACUUGAUUAGCUAAGAACGUUUGACAGGGCAACAGUGUACAUGGAAGAAAUUCAGACUAUGCUGAGUGUUCAUAAUGAAGGUAGAUGUCACAUUGUUUUGGUGACAGUUCCAGUAUUUUUGCAUCUAGUUUCUGCACAAUGAUCAUACCCUGUGGGACCGAGGAGGGGUUUUAAUCAGGCUUUAUUUAGACCAGCGGUCCCCAGUCCUUGUCCUCAGGCACCCACAGCUCUGCAUGGUUUUUCAUGUCCAGCAAUGAUUCCUCCUCAGCUCGUUAUCAAGGUCAGCAGAAGCCAAAAAGGACUCUUUAAUAAGACAGUUUGGACAUUUUAAAGUGGGUUUUAUWAGGGGGAAAAAGUUAUUUUACCUGUUGUAGAUGGCUCUCUUGUUUGUCAGAUUUCAGUCUGAUCGGACUGAUGAGCUAAAGGCUAGUCUGAAUAGAGAAAUGAAUUCAGCCUGCAAAAUUUCCUGGAAAUGCUAYGUUUUUUCCCUUUUUUUAAAUUAAUUUUUGCAUUACACGUUUUGCCUUUUGUGCUGGGGCAGAAAUAUGAUUCCUGCCAGAUUUGACCUGAAGCUGAAGUGCUACAGCUAGCUGCUGCUGCUAGCUGCACUUGCAAAUAGAUACAACUGUUUCUGUCAAUGACCAUGUAAUGCAAACAUUAGGUAUUUUACCCUACAACAGGUAAGAUUAUUCAUAGCAUUUCCACAGAACCCCACUUCUGAACGGCCAAAAUAUCCCUUUAAAUUUAGAUCAGCUGUGAUGAAGCAGUAAACCGUCUAAAACCCAGUGAGUAGUGGGAUACGAGGACCAAGUUUGGGGAACACCGCCGGACAAAAGCAUUAGUCGUACGCUUUCUGUCGCRUGUUAUCUGGUUUUCACAAACCAGGUUCAGCUCAGCGUUGUCGGCGACUAAUCAAACAGUCUACACAUACUUGACAACUCAGCMCUGUGACUACCUCUGCUGUCAACUCUGAGGCGUCAGCAGUCCCACCUAUGAAACUGAAGCUCAGCAAAGGCAAAUAGGUUCUAGCCUGAAAGGCAAUGCAGAAAGGGGCUUUAGAGCAGUGGUUACCAAAGUUGGGGUCGGGACCCCUUUGUGGGUCACAAAACAUCAAGUAAGGGUCCCCAGAUGAUUUCCAGACAUUGGAAUAUUUUCACCAAGAUUAUUGCAUUUUUUUAACAAUCAUAAAUUAAUGCAAAUAGUAUCUUAGUUAUCAGGUUUGUUUAUAUUGUUGUUAUUCCUAUGUCUAACAGCGUUAUUAGCAAAGUUUGCAUACAUAAACGUAAUAUCUGGGGUCAAGAAUGUCUGCAACUUUUAUUUUGUGGGUCGGAAGCAAAAAAGUCUAAAAACCACUGCUUUAGUGUACGACAUUCAUAUAAAUGCUAAUAAAAAUKACUAAUGAAUCAACUCCUGCAAUACAGGAAAAAAAAUUGGCUGGUAAUUAAGACGUCACAUAGCAUUAUUUCUUUGUGAAAUGAUAAAGGCAGAUGACUCGGUGCAGGAAAGGACAGUGUUUAGGCAGCAGUAGACYUGUCGGUCCUCUCCAAGGGAGUAACAUGAACGUUAACGACGUCUCCUGGGUUUCAGUCAAAACAGACAGAGAUCAGUCCUCUGAUCCUCAGAUGAGUGUCAUAAACCCUCUCAAGCCCCGUCUUAACAUUUACACCACCUGUCCACGCCUCACAUUCACAACCUCAUGGUUUUUCUUCUUCUGUAAUAAAUAAAAAAUUAACUGGACAUUAUGUGAAACAAUGCUGCCAUCAACCAUUUUUAGUGACUUAAUCCAGACGCAUUUCAGAAAUCUGUCUCUUCCUAAAAAUGACACGUGAGUGAAACUUCACCAACUUCCAUGAACGGCUGCCGCCGGCAGGAAGUGCGAGAGUGGAUGUUUUUGACCCGUGUGUCACGUCACUGUUGUAAGACCAGGUUAAAAAGUGACGUUUUAAAAACUCAGGCCUUGCACAAAGUCAAACUGAACUGUCAGAAAGCGAAAGCGGUUUGCAGUGAUGGUGGGUCGGGGGGUGAUGAAAUGUGGUCGGGACAACAAGGCUGCCUGUGCUCCCCUCUCCUGUACAAACUUUUCUUUGCCUUGUUUUGCUAGUUUAGCUAUGAAAUCAUUGCGUGGCUGCAUUUAAGAAAAAAAGAAGUAUUUUUGUUGUUUUGAUGACCUGAACAACUCAUGGCAUGAAUCUUUUGGAAAUCCACUUGUGUGUAUUAUAGUUACACUGGGCAGCAAAAACUUGCUAUGUGAUCUAGUGGCUUAUUGAGAGAAAUUGUACUGUAAUCUUCAUGUACUUAAAAGUUGUAGAUUAAUUAUUUCAUGUACGUAAACAAGAAAAAAAAACAUCUUUUGUGUUGGCCAGUUUGGGCCCAAUGAGAUUUUUGUUGCACAUAUUACUGUUACAAAUGUACAAAAUCAAGCCUAUUAAAUCUCAUCAAAGUAGGUCUGUUACUGUUCCGCUCAUUUUUCAUCUUAAAUGGAAUUAAUUAUAGCCAUUUUUAUGUUUGCUAAGGUUGAUUUACUGUGGUGGCCUUCAUUUGUUGUGUUGGCUCCAAAUAUGAAUCAGGUGUAGAGAUACGUCCUGUAAUUGUUUCCUGAAAGUUUCAUUAAAAUGUAUCCAGUGGUUCAUGAGAAACAUGGAACACAUUAUGGUAGAAAAUAGGAAAAACUUUCUGAUGCUUUCUCCCUUAAAAUAAGUUAUAAUAACUCCAACAAACAAUAAAAAAUCUUUCUAUUA